UACGCAGCAUGCGCAUCAAAGAAAGCCCGGGCAACAGAAAAUCUUUGUUUCUGAAACGGAUAGCUAGAAAAACAAGAGCGGAGGAGUCUGGGACUCUCUCUCUCUCUCUCUCUCUCUCUCUCUCUCUCUAGGGUUUCUGAGAAACGUCUCUCUCUCUCUCUAUAAAUUUCAGAAAUGCUCGGUGGAUCUUUCUCCAUCUUAUUUUCCUCUUCUUCCUUCCCAUCCAUUUCCAACACAGACUCUCCAAUUUCAUUUUCUCCUUCCAAAACCAGAUGCUUCAACCCCUCCUUUCGAAAUCCUGGAUUUCCCAAACCCCUUUCUCUUUCUCCUUCUCCUUCUCCUCUCUCUACAUCUGCCCGCUCUUCGAAGGCCGGAGCUAUAUCUAUCGACGAUGGCGGCCCUGACCAGUUCCUUGACAACAAUUCGAUCGCAGAUUUCAUGAGAUUCGAAACGAAAAACGCCGAUACUAGCCAUGGAGAGUUGCAGACGGCUGUUGUCAGCUACCGGAAGCGGUUCCCGUGGUCCCUUCUCCAUCCUUUCCUUCAGGUCGAUUUGGUUUCAACGAUUCAUAUCGCAGAUAAAGAAAAUUCAAUGUUCAGGUAUUUUGCAACUAUUCAGAAGGAACUUGAACCCUAUGACUGUGUCCUUUAUGAGAUGGUGGCCAGCAGGGAGAGUUUAGAGAAUAGGAGAAAUCCAGCUUCUACCACGAAACUAAAAGGUUCACGCAGUCGGGGCUUCAAUAUUCUUGGAUGUAUUCAGCGACAGAUGGCUCGAAUUCUUAUGCUGGACUUCCAACUAGAUUGUCUUGAUUACCAGGCUGAGAAUUGGUACCAUGCAGACCUUGAUUAUGAGACCUUUAAGUCACUUCAGCAUGAAAGAGGUGAGAGCUUCUUCACAUUUGCAAGAGACAUGACUCUUAGAUCUACAAAAGCCAUGGUGCUACCAGCUUCUAUACCAGAAGAUCUUGGGCCUUGGAAGUCCAAACUUCUGUGGGCUUCCCGAGUGCUACCGAUGCCUCUCGUCGGCCUUCUCAUCAUAGGAAGUGUCUGCACACAGGAGGAAAAUCAGGCAUCUGAAUAUCCAGAGCUAGAGGCAUUGUCCAGACUCGAUUUUGGUGCUGCAAUGAAGGUCUUCUUGGCAAAAAGGCUAACCUCUGAGUUCACACAGGUGACAGCAGCCAUCGAGGAGAGAUCGGUCAUCAUUGGGGAAAGGAACAGAGUCGCAACAGAAGCACUGCAGCAGGCAAUUGCCGAUGGGCACAACAGAAUUGCAGUGUUGUAUGGGGGUGGACACAUGCCGGACUUGGGUAGGCGGCUACGUGAGGAACUAGACCUGGUCCCCUCCCAGGUGCAGUGGAUAACAGCUUGGUCGAUAAGGAACCAGAAGCUCGAGAUCCAGUCCCUGCCGUUUCUGAAAACUCUGGCCAAGAUUUCAGGGUGGCCAUUGAACAGGUACCAGACUCUGGCAUUGCUCAUCUUCUCGUCCAUCCUUGCGGUAGAUCUAUGGUUCUGGGAGCUUUUCUUUGGCACAGUGGUGAACUGGACUGCUUGGGCUGCUUCUGAAGUGGGCCAAUUUGCCGAGAAUGUGUGGGUCAUGUGAUCUCAAGUAUUGUGCAAGUAGGUGGCAUUUUACGGUUAUUUGAUAUUUAUUAUCUUCACAUUCUUUCUUACAGGAGCUGAAAGCACACUGUAUAUAUGUGUAAAUACCUUCAAAUUGCACCAGAUAGCCUCCUAUCCUUGCAUUUCAAGGAUCCACACAUGCAUGCAAAUGCACAUGACAUUUCUCUA